AUGUCAUCCGAAAAACGGAGCGACGAUCCCAUUGUCGAAGUAGUCGCCCGCUCCUCGGUCUUCACGACAGUCGAGAAAUGGGGCAUUGUCGCCAUGGUCUCUUAUGCGGCUUGGUUUUCGACGCUCAGCAGCUUCAUAUACUACCCUGCGCUGCACACGAAAUCUGAGACAUUGUCCGUCUCGGUCAAAAAGGUCAACCGAGCGGUGACAUCCUACUUGGCCGUUGCGACGAUAGCACAGACCUUGGCUGGAGACGCUGCGGACCAACAAACUCCGGUCUGCAGUCUCGAUUGUCCUCUAUUGAGUACCAUCUUUGAUUCUCUGCUGACGCUCCCUCAAGGUACGUUCUCAAUCGCACAUGGCGUUCUUACCGAUGUUGCGUCUCCCGCAGAGAGAGGGACCUUUGCCAGUGCAGUCUCAUUUGCCAUCACAUGCGCGCCGAGCAUCGGUCCCAUCUUUGGAGGAGUUUUGACCUACGCUGCCGGUUGGGCUCGGAUAUUCUGGUUCCUCGCCAUGGCCUCCGGGUCAUGCUUGCUUCUCAUGCUCGUGUUUCUGCCAGAGACCGCUCGUAAUAUUGUCUGUAAUGGCUUCAUAAGACCUCUAAAGUAUCUGUGA